UUUAUUCCAGGACCAGAUAGGUUCACAGUUGGAUUUUUAACUGACUUUUAAAGCAUAAUUCCAACUUCCUAAAAACGAUUCUAGGCCGUGUUGAAAGCACAUAACUCACCACUUCAUUUUAUGAAGCCGAAGAAACUUUAAUACCAAAACCUAAGAGUCCCCCAAAAAACAAUGGUUCUAAAUAGGAUAUUAACCAGUAAAAUCCAGCAACAUAGGAAGAGAGUGGUAUACCGUUGUUACCAAAUAACCAUGUGAUUGAUAACUAAAUAAUUAAAAGAUACUGACAAAAAGUCUCUCCUUGGCCAAACUUAGGCCAGGCUCCUGGGAGCCGCCUUAUAGACUAGACAAUGACCUUGGAUGUCUCAGUAAUUUUCCAUCCACCAACACCCCCUCCCUCCUUGCCUGUAAAUCCCUACUUUUCUCUCUUGUAUUCAGAAUCGAGCCCAAUUCUAUACUGUGGUUCUUUCUUUUCCUUUGUUGUGGUAGUUCUUAAAUAAAAGGUAUUUUUCCUACUUUAACUACUGUGCAGUUCUGGUUUGUUCUCCAGUACCAAAUCCAACAUUUUCUAGAGUCUCUCGGUUCUCUGUUACAUGAACACUGGUUCUAGGAGGUGUAAAUAGAUGAUCCAAUACAAGAGGCUUUCUGUGGCCAGUGAGGGUUGGGAAAUAUCCCUUCCCUUAGAGAUUUUCAGUGUAGAGAUUUUCAGUGUACGUUAAGACUCUGGAAAGGUUUCAGGUAAAGGAAUUUGUUUACUCGAGGACAGAAAAGCUUUGGGGUUUCUUCCCUUAAUGCCCCGCAAGAAUACCACUGUCGUCAUCCUGCAGCACAGUGUUCCUUGGAAGGCCACUUUGGGAGUGCGAGUUCCCUGGGCUCAGUCCCUGCUGUCUGAUGCAGCUCCCUUCCCUCCUCACUGCCUCCUUGUUUGAGACCCCAGGUUGGCUAGUUUGCUUCCUUUCUGACACACAGUUCCCUCAGACGUCUGCCGGCUUAGAGGCACAGAUAGAACCGAGGUUUGCUCAAGGCGCUGCUUUCUCUCUGAGGAGAUCCUUGGAUGAACCCGUCCUCCUCCUCCCUGGCUUGUUGUCCCUUUUCAAGUUGACUUGGUGCCUUUUCAUUCUCAGCUGGAGGCCCGGACCCCUGGGGGGCAAGGCCAAUACUCUGGGAGUUUCUAAUGCCGUCUUUUUCUCUUGAGCCAGGUUUUUACUAAUGACAAGACAGAGGAGUGUGUGAAGCUCACAAGCCUGUAUUUGUUUGCCAAGAACGUGCGGUCUCUACUCCAUACUUACCACUACCAGCAGCUUUUUCUCCAUGAGUUUUCCGUGGCCUAUACCAAGUAUGUCGGAGAAACACUGCAACCCAAGACCUACGGCUACAGUAGUGUGGAGGAGCUCUUGGGAGCAAUCCCUCAGGUGGUCUGGAUCAAAGGACAUGGUCAUAAGAGAAUUGUAGUGUUAAAAAAUGACAUGAAAAGCCGUGUGAGUUCAGUCGGGCUCUCCCCUGUCAGUCCUGAAGACCAGCCCUCGGCCACGGAGCACAUCCCGGCGGCGCCCGAAUCUCGCACAGCCCCGGAACUCAGACUUGGAGCAGGCAGCGAUGGGCCCCAUCAAACCGAGCAGGAGCUCCUCCGCCUGACCAACGACUCCCCCGUGGACCUCCUGUGUGCGCCCGUCCCGUCAUGCCUGCCGUCCCCUCAGCUGAGACCAGAUCCUGUCAUCCUCCAGUCUGCUGAUCUCAUUCAGUUUGAGGAGCACCCUCAGGCGCCUUCUGAAAUCAUGAUUUUAAACCAAGAAGAGAGCAUUGAAAUUCCAGUACCAGUAAAGAACAAACACCCAGCCUCCGAGUCCAGCUCACCCUGCGUCUCAGCAGCUGCCCCAGUGCCUCCCUGCCCCUCCUCGGAAACCUCAGAGUCCCUGCUCGGCAAGGACCCCGUGGAAAGCCCGGCCAAAAAGCAACCCAAAAAUAGAGUAAAAUUGGCAGCCAAUUUUUCCUUUGCACCUAUAACCAAGCUUUGACUCGCGUUUUGAACAUAGAAUUAGGAUGGGGAAACGCUGUCUGAUUCUGCACACAAAAGUGGGUUCAAAAAACACAGCCUUUUCUGUUUGAAUGAAAACCCCCUAGAAGCCACUUACUUCAUCUUUAGAUGUAUCCCAUAACGUUUUGUUUCUUUUACAUUGAACACAGCCUUGAGCUGAAAUGUUUUUCUUUUUUCCUCCCCUAAUUAUUUGGGAAAAAAACAACAAAAAAACCACCCCAAAACCUCCUGGCAUUUGUUAAAGAAUUGUUAAUAUAUUUUACCCAGUUUUUCUUAUCACGAAACGUAAUGAUGUUCUCUAAGAAGAAAGCAGUGAGAACUCAGCUCGAAGGGAGUGGUUUUACUUCCCUUCAAGCCACACCCGUGGUCGAAUCUUACAUGUAGCACAAGAUAGCCUCUGAGCCUUUGCUUCCUGGUGUUUCCAGACAGUCUGAAUCAAGUGCAUGGUGUGUCUUUGCAUUGAAGCCUGCUCCGCAGCCUGUGCGUCCACACACGGAAGCAGAAGGGCGGGCGAGGUGGUGAGAAUGUGUUUUCACGUUGGAUUAGGAAGGUUCCUAGCUUCCAUGUGACUUGUAAGCGUGCCUUGGUUUCUUUUGUUUUUUGUAACUAUGUCUGUAGUUGACAAAUGUGGCUUCAUGACAAAAAUUUUUAAAUGUUUCCGCUUCAGGGUUCCACGUAGGAGCUUUCUAGAAAGUUGAGGAUGUUUUAAGCUUCCCUUUUAUGUUCCAUUCCAGUUUGAUAGGCAUUGGGUUAAGGAAAAGGAGAUGGCCUUGGUGUCAUGAAUUGAAAGUCAGCAUCUGAAUUCUAGCACACAGUGUUGUGUGUUGAGAGGCAAUGUUGGGAAGAGAGUCUGAUUUCCUAAAAUAUGCAUGAAAUGCAUAAAUUACAAAUCAGAGCCGAGGGGGUGCAUUAACAGGAGUGAUACCGAUACUCUUUCCACUCGGAAGAGACAGAGUUCUAUCUAUACGUGUGAAGGCCAAGGUUGAUCAUCUUAACCUUGUAUUUGUCAUUUUAAACCUGGUUUCGGUAGCCGGGAAGCUUUCUGCGCGAGUGCAUGUGUGUGCGCGUCGUGUUGCCUCCGUGUCUUUUAAGAGUGUCCGCUUUUACUGUUACUUCUCGCUGUUGUUGGAAGCAUGUUUGGUUGUUUUGUGGUGUCUGAUGUUGCCCUUUGGGAAAAGCCAGCCUCUGAGGGAGCACUGCCCUGUGGAAUGACCUUCGCCUCGAGGUGGCAGAGGCAUCCGGUGACGGUGACCUCUCACCCCUCCUGGAGAAACCUGACAUUUACAAUGGGUUGUAUUUGUUGGGCAAAAAGGCGGAUUCAUUCAUAGAGCAGAGAGAACCCGUGGGCUUAAGGUCUUCUGCUACGGAGAUGGUUUCUUUGGGGGAAUUGUUCAUGUUUUGUAAUUUCUAGAAGGCCGGAGAGUGGGCUCUGAUUUCUGCAUAGCCAGCAUUUGCAUAAAAUGCCACAGAACAAGGGCUGGAGAGAGAUUUUUACAAGUCAGGUUUUUGUUCCCCAAAAUCUCUAAAAUGAAGCCAGUGAUUCUCAGUUCUCCACACAUGGCCCCAGUCGAGAUGGAACAGCACUGGAAAAGCCUUGCAAGCAUUAUGGCCCCUCUGCGAACCCUCUGGGAACGAAGGCAUUUCCUCUACAGACAUAGGACGGCAGGAAGUCAAAUACAGAUGUGCAAUUUUUUUUUAAGAAGCUUUUAAACAGUGUAAUAAAGUUGGUGUUGAGAACCUCAGUUGCCUUAUCCUGAGACUUCUUAAGGCUGAGUUUGCACUCUUGGACUUUAGUUUUGCUCGCAGAUGCGGGAUUGACUUUAAAAACGUAAGAGGUACCAUUACAAGUCACUUAGGGACAGUCUCAGAGCGGCUUCUUUGAGCAACAGACGGAGAAGAGCCUGCAGACGUACGCUGUCGUGGGAGUCUGGUCGAACCGAACCGCUCGCCGGGGUCACCAGUCAGCCUGGGACGCGUGUGUGACUCUAACGGUCGCUGUUGGAAGGUGAGAGAACACAGCGAGAGCUCGGUGUGUCGGUAAUGUACUCCACAACGGCCAGUCUGAUCGUGAUCUAUUUUUUUAUCCAGAGGCUUAAUUAAAUGAUGUGACAAAAUGAUGUAUGAGAAUUAAGACAAUGAAAUUCUUUAUUUCUGGGUGGAAAGAUGUACCAGAUUAGAUUUAUCUGUUUUAAAAAAAAAAACAAAAACAAAAACAAAAAGGCGUCACCAAACCCCCCUUUCCCAUCUUACACUGUUUGUUUUGGAUUGGGCUUGGGGGAAGAGAUGUUUUUCUUAACUGUCUACUUUGUUUCAACACUUUCUUUGUGGUUCAAGUGCUGUUUUGUGUGUUGGGACCAAACAGUUGUCAAUAAACUUUACAAAGCAAGCAUCUAA